AUGCAAAAAGGCCCAGGACUGUUGAUAGCAGCACCAGUACAUAUACAUGUGGAAAUUGUGCUGCCUUUUGAACAAUGCGUAAAAAGAGAGUAUCAAGCCAUCCUCAAACCAAGAAUUGUCUCAGCUUGUGAACAUCUGCGAAACAUUGUUGUCAGAUCACAGCUUUUCGUGAAUUUUUAUAUUAUCAGCUUGGCAAAAGCAAAUAGUCCUAUUCCUCAUGCGAUAUACGAACAGAAUUUCUGGUAUUCAAUAAUACAACUUGUUAGAAACCAAAGAGUUACAAAUGGCAACUAUUUACAGCACGGAUUACUUGAUUAUUGGAAUAAUUUCAAGCAAAAAAAAAUUGCCAGUGGCGUCAGUCAGUGCAUUUCAGAAGCGUCCCAACAGCUACAAACAGUAUACAACAAUCACAUAGUAGAAACAUUUGAAUCAAGAAUAUACAAGUAUAUAUUCUAUAAAACACAAAAUAUAUUCAUAUCAAUGGAACGUUCAGAUGUUAUAAAAAUUGUCCCUUACGUUUACCAGUAUGUGUGCCAAGGAAAUCCCGUGUGGCCUCGAGGUCUUGAAUUUACUGAAGAAAAGAAAACCAUGGUUGAUAAAACCUUCCUGCCACUAAAGGAGUCAAUAACGACCCGGGUGGCUCUUACAACUCUGUCUCAAGCGCCUAACACAUUUAUUCCUUGUCUGUUUAACAUUAUAUCGGAAUACGAGAUAGAACACAAGAGCCACAAAACUGUUUUCAUUGUCACCAACGCCGGGUUUACAUUGGAGAUUCGUAAGCAUAAGCGCUAA